GCAAAAACUCCAGGCGCUAAACAGAGCCUCAGACUGUGUAUUUGACUUAAAAAUUUGAAGAAAUACAGUAUUCGUUACUCGAAAUCAUACUUAUAUUUAGGAAAUAACCCGAUAGUUGUAAGAUUGCAUUGCAGCGGGAUAUUCCUCCUUUUCAUCAUUUUCCCAUUAGCGGGAAGGAUGAGCCCGCGAAAGAUUGACAUUCAACCUGGCUAGAAUGUUAAAAUUCUUUCCUGCUACCGCUCUCUUUCCCUUGCCUGUAUUUUGGCAUAAAAACCCUACAAAACCCCAUAAAUCCUGUUAUUUUGACUUUUAAGAGGAAGGAAGAGUUGCUUAUGGUAUAUGCAGAAGCAAGCGAAGAGGAAAAGGGUAUCGUGGAUUGUGAUUUGUGUACGGUCGCGGAAAAGGCAGGAGGAGUCAAUUAUGUCUAUACCCCACAACCGCUGCGUUUUUGUGGGAAAUAUCCCAUAUGAUGCAACGGAGGAGCAACUAAUAGAAAUAUGCAAAGAAGUUGGACCUGUUGUAUCAUUCCGGUUGGUGGUUGAUAGAGAAACUGGAAAGCCAAAAGGUUAUGGCUUUUGUGAGUAUAGAGAUGAAGAGACAGCAGCUAGUGCUCGCAGGAAUCUCCAAGGCUAUGAGGUUAACGGUCGCCAGUUACGUGUUGACUAUGCCGAAAACGCCAAAGGUGUUGACAGGAACAGAGAGCAGGAUCGAGGUGGACCUGGUUUAGCCUCAAAUUUUGAUAGUCAAAAGCAACCUGCUGGUGCUGGGAACUCUAUAGACCCAUCUAUAAACCGGCCUAUUGGAAUUACAGUGGCAGCAAAUGCGGCAACUAUCAUGGCAGGAUCUCUAGGAGAGCCACAGACAGCCACAAUGAGUACAGGGCAAACUAAUGCAGGAGGCCAUGAUCCCCUCACCCUUCAUUUAGCUAACAUGUCUAAGAGUCAACUUCAUGAGGUUCUAUACGAGAUGAAGGCUCUAGCCCAGCAAAAUCAACAGCAGGCUCGCCAGAUUUUGGUUGCAUAUCCACAAUUUGCAAAAGCUGUUUUUCAGAUGGAGAUCAUGCUGGGGAUGGUUCCUUCACAGAUGUUGGCCAGUUUUCGGCAAUCUUCAAAUUUGUCUUCUCAACAAACAAUACAAACAGGUCAGCCAGAUUCUGUGAUACAGUCUGGUCUACAGGGUCAGGCCCAUUUACAUUCAGUACACAAUCAAAUUCUACCUGGACAACAAACCCAGAUGCAAAUUGGACAGAAUGGUCAGGCGCAAUUGCUACAGCAAGCCCAGGCCCAAAAUAUGCCAAUACAACUAAUUCAAACACCUCUGGUGCAGCCUCCAAUUCAAGUUCAUCAGCAAUCUCAAUCUCAAGUUUCACAGUCAAUAUCACAGUCUAUUCAAACUUUAUCUCAAGGUCUGCAUUUACCAGUACAACCUACUAUGCAGUCUCCUCAAAAUGCAGUGAUACAAUCUCAAGUUGCCCCUGUUAUUUUGGGUCAGUCUCAACAAUCGACAAUGGGGAAUCUACAUCAGCCACCACUACCACAACAACCAAGGCCAUCGUUGCAAUCCCAUCAAUCUUCAGGUCAGAUGCAAAGUCAGCCAACUCAAAAUAUGGCAUAUAAGCAAUCAAGUGCUUUGCAUCAACAACCAUCACGACCGCUUUUUCAGCCAGGAAACUAUUCACAAUCAACGCCUGGGAUUUCUUUUCAGAAGCAUAAUCAACCACUAUUGCCAAAUCUACGUCCACCACAGCACUCUUAUCAAAUUGGAUCUGGUACUGCAGUUGCCACAGUCUCACAUGCAGGACCUGAUCUAGUUGGCCAGAUUACAGGAAACAGUAAUGUGCAAACCAGCGUUGGUCUUCUAAGUGUAGGUGUUGGGGGUAAAGUCCAAGGUGGCGGAGCUAGUGCAGUCCAAUAUUUGAAUACCAUGGACCAUGAUGUAUCCCGGGCACAGGUUCCCCUACCAACAGGAGUUUCCCAUCAUUCAGAAGUGUCAUUAAGGAUGAAUGAGCCUGGUGGUAGAUUUGGGGACUCGACGACAGGCUUGACUGCCUCCACAGCUCCUACUGAUAUAGAGGAUGGAAGCAACAGGGUUUACGGAGCUGUGAGUGGUGGAAUGAUCACUGGGUCUCUAGACAGUGGAGUAGGAGCUAGUUCUGCUUAUUCUCAAGGGCCUGCCCAAUUACCUGUUGAAGGGAUCCCAGAACCACAACAAUCUGUUUCCCAGACGGCACAACUUACUCCAGAGGUUGAGUCUGAAUUGCUGCAACAAGUUAUGAAACUUACACCAGAACAGAUAAAUUCUUUGCCACCUGAUCAGCAGCAACAAGUAAUUCAGCUGCAACAGAUGUUUCGCAGCCAAUAAUAUAUCUAGAUGCUUCUCUUAGUCAAUAGGGGACUGCUGCUUCCACUCUUACAGCUCAGGCAAUCCCAUGCAAGCUGUUGUAUUGUAAAAGUGCAUACGAUGGAAGUUCUUUAAAAAUUAUACGGUGGCAGUUACUUUGGAAGAGUAAUUUCAAACCCAGCUUGCUGUGGAGGAAUGAGAGUUUGCAGCAUCAGCAGAGAGAUUGUAGGAUUUCCUUUUGCCAAUUGGCAAUUGCACAUGAGUUAAUUUGUUUAUUCUGUUUUAAAAAAGAGAUGGUAGUUAUUAAUAGAAAUCUCAAACUAUAGGACCACUUGCCUGCAAAAGGCUCCUAAAAUUUAGUUGUAGUACCUGCAAAAAUGUCCAUGUGACCACCAUGUUAUUUGUAUCUCCAACCUAUUUAAUCACUGCACGGAGACUUGCAAAGGAAGAAAGCUAGUAUAUAUUUGUUCCUUUCUGUGUAAGUUGGUUCUGACUAUUUGUUUGCUCUGUUGCUUUUAGAAAAGCAGCAAUAUAAAGGAGAAAAUAAUGUGUGUCCUCACAGUGCACCAUUAAGGUCAUCA